GAGGACAAUGCAUACCGCUGCCUGCCAAUUGUAAACAUAAGGGAUAUGUAUUCACUUAGCAUUGACUUUUGGGAGGGGCCAAGGAAAGGCUGCAGUUUUAUUGAAUAGGGCUGUGUGUGAGGCUGCUGGUGUGCCUUUCUUGCUGCGCUCCUGCCCAAGCAGCCAGUUAUUCAUUUCCUUCCUACUAGUUGAAAACUUUGCACCGCAGAGUGCCUGUGAUAAUCCUUUGGUUACUCGUGAGCUGAAGAGGCAGCAUCUUCCAGGCUCAGGGACAUCAUAACUGGUGGAUUGCACGGAGCUGGCUUGAUUCAUUCUGAAGCUUAUGAUGCAGUGAGGCAACCUUUCGGUUUGGAUCCUUCCAGAGCUCUGAACACUUGAACACCCACCAUGGAUGACUUUGAACGCCGCAGAGAACUCAGGAGGCAAAAGCGCGAGGAAAUGCGCCUUGAAGCAGAGAGGCUGUCCUACCAGAGAAAUGAUGAUGAUGAUGAAGAAGCUGCCAGAGAACGUCGCCGACGGGCUCGACAGGAGAGGCUGCGGCAAAAGGAAGAAGGAGAUCUGUCAGGGGAUGUAACAGAGAAAUCAGAAGUUAAUGCUCAGAACAGUGUGGCAGAAGAUGAAACCAAACGUGCAACCACAAGGGGAGCAGAUGACGAAGCUGCAUUGUUGGAGAGACUGGCAAGACGCGAGGAGAGACGCCAAAAACGUCUACAGGAAGCCCUGGAACGUCAAAAGGAAUUUGACCCAACGAUCACAGAUGGGAGCUUGUCAGUGCCCAGCAGGAGAGAAGUAAACAAUGUGGAAGAAAAUGAGACCACAGGGAAAGAGGAAAAGGCUGAAACGCGCCGAGGACGCUAUGAGACUGAGGAAACAGAAACGGUUACCAAGUCAUACCAAAGGAACAACUGGAGGCAAGAUGGGGAAGAAGAUGAAAAAAAAGAAGAAAAAGACAAGGAGGAGGCACAGGAGGACAAACCAAAGGAGGUACCCAUAGAGGAAAAUCAGGUAGAUGUGGCAAAAUCCACAGAUAAAGAAGAGGUAGUAGAAACAAAAACUCUAGCUGUAAAUGCAGAGGAACACAAAGCAGAAAAUGAUAUGAAUGCUGUGCAGGAAGGGGAGCAGAGUACAACUGAUGCUGUAGAUAAAGAGAAGGAAAAGGCUGAGGAAGAAAGGGAGAAACUCGAGGCAGAAGAAAGGGAGAGGUUAAAAGCAGAAGAAGAAAAGAAGGCAGCUGAAGAAAAGCAGAAAGCAGAGGAGGAAAAGAGAGCAGCUGAGGAAAGAGAGAGGGCUAAGGCAGAAGAGGAAAGGAAAGCGGCUGAGGAAAGAGAAAGGGCUAAGGCAGAAGAGGAGAGGAAAGCAGCUGAGGAAAGGGAGAGGGCUAAAGCAGAAGAGGAGAGAAAAGCAGCUGAGGAAAGAGAAAGGGCUAAGGCAGAAGAGGAGAGGAAAGCAGCUGAGGAAAGGGAGAGGGCUAAGGCAGAAGAGGAGAGGAAAGCAGCUGAGGAAAGGGAGAGGGCUAAGGCAGAAGAGGAAAAGAGGGCAGCUGAAGAAAAGGCUAAGCUAGAAGCAGAAAAAUUAAAGGAAAAGCAAAAGAUGGAAGAAAAGAAAAUAGAAGAUAAGCAGGUAAAAGAGAAGAAAGUACAAGAGGAAAAACCUCAAGCAGCUUUCCUAAAAAAACAGGAGGAAGACAAAGAGGCUAAAGUGGAAGCUAAAAAGGAAAAGUUACCAGAGAAGCUUCAACCUGCCUUCAAAAAAGAUCAGGUAAAAGAUGACAAGGAUAAAGAAAAAGCACCCAAGGAGGAAAUGAAAAGUGUCUGGGAUCGUAAAAAGGGAGUUCCUGAACAAAAAGCACAGAAUGGAGAACGUGAAAUCACUUCCCCCAAACUUAAAUCUACUGAGAAUGCUUUUGGCCGCUCCAACUUGAAGGGAACUGCGAAUGCUGAGGAAGCAAAGGCAGGGUCCCAGGUAGAGGCUGGAAAGCAGGAGGCAGCUGUGGAGCUGGACGAACUGAAGAAAAGGCGGGAGGAGCGCCGGAAAAUCCUGGAGGAAGAGGAGCAGAAGAAGAAGCAGGAAGAAAUUGAGAGAAAGGCCAGAGAGGAGGAGGAAAAGAGGAGGAUGAAGGAAGAAAUUGAAAGGAGAAGGGCUGAAGCUGCUGAGAAACGUCAAAAGAUGCCAGAAGAUGGUGUAUCUGAAGAAAAGAAACCAUUUAAAUGCUUCAGUCCUAAAGGUUCAUCUCUCAAGAUAGAGGAACGGGCAGAAUUUUUGAACAAAUCCGCUCAGAAGAGUGGUAUGAAACCCACCCACACGACAGCAGUUGUCUCAAAGAUUGACAGUAGACUUGAGCAAUACACUAGUGCAGUUGUGGGCACAAAGGCUGCAAAACCAGCUAAGCCAGCAGCCUCUGACCUUCCUGUUCCAGCUGAGGGUGUCCGUAAUAUCAAGAGCAUGUGGGAGAAAGGGAAUGUUUUUUCAUCACCUUCUGGGGGGACAGGCGCACCAAAUAAGGAAACUGCUGGACUGAAAGGUGGUGUCUCCAGUCGUAUCAAUGAAUGGUUAACCAAGACCCCAGAGAGUAACAAAUCAUCUGCUCCAAAACCUUCUGAUUUAAGACCAGGAGAUGUAUCUGGCAAACGUAAUCUUUGGGAGAAGCAGUCAGUUGACAAGCCAGCAGCAUCUUCUUCUAAGGUAACAGCAGCGGGGAAAAAAUCAGAGACUAAUGCAGGUUUGAGACAAUUUGAGAAAGAACCAUAGAAGGCUACUAAAGACGCUGGACCAAUCAGUUGGGGGAAAAAAAAAAGAAAAGGAAAAAUGCUAAAUUGUUCUUUUUAUAUUUAUGUUUAUUUACCAAAAUGUCUUUUUGCAUUAUCCCAGUUAAAACCAUGUAUAUUAGCACUGUAUUUAAUAAUCAGUCUAGACAUUCAUCAUAAUAGUACUGCCUUUGCACAAGAGCCUUUAUUCCUAAAGAAACCCAUGCUGUGAAAUAUAUAGACUCUCCUACUGAUAGUCAUAACAAACUAUAUAUCUGAACAGUGAUUUCAACUGGCAUAAGAGGUCAACCCAAAAUUCAUUUAAAGUGAAGUUGCUUAAGAAAGGUGUGCAGUAAACCUAUAAAAACAAUGGUUACUUUUGGAAUACAGAAAUCUUUCUUUCUGCACUUUAGACUAAGGCAUGGAAGAAAUAUCUUUAGUUGACAAUGUAAUAUUUUCUGUAAGUUGCCCAUGUCAUGAGAAAUACUGCAUCAAUAACUUGUUUUAAUUUUUUUUUUGUUUUAUACUUUUUUUUAAGUAUCAAUUUUUCCAUUCUAGUUUAAGUUAAUACCUAAAUUUGGAUGAUUAUGUUAGCUGACAGCGGUACUGAUAUUUCUUUUUGUUGUUAGUGACUAGUAAUUGAUUGCAAUUUAGAAUAUAUACACACAUAGCUUUACAAAGUUUAGCCUAAAGGCACUACUAACGGUAGAAUGCUUUAAUACGUGCUAGAGUAUUAUAUUUAGUAAUAAACAUACAUAAUUAACCAGUAUCACAGCUUAAAGAAGAUAAAGACAAAAUCACACACUUUUCUAUAGUAAGAUUUCUUAAUUGCCAUUAGAGGUAUGGCGAGAUAAGUAUUAAAAAAAAUUUAAGUGUCAAUUGCCCAGUAAUGGGUAAUUAAAAAGAAAGUUAUAGUUUUUAAAAGAGGAAAAGGUAAUGGUAUAGAGGGUCAAAAAUAGGUCACUUGUAUAAAACGUUGUAGUUUAAUUUAUAUAAAACUACCAUAAUUAAAAAAUAAAAUAAAACUAAACACAGUUGGAGCUUGUUUUAAAUGACUGUACACUAAAUCUUGCCAUUCAUCAGUGCCGUACACGAGGUCCACCCAAAAUGAAGUAAGCCUCUAUCUUUGUACUGCUUCUUCUUAACUCCCUCUCCUGAAUAUCUUAUUUACAGAUGUUUUGAUUUGUAUAUAGUAAACACAUGGCUAUAAGACGUCAGCUUGGUUUGAAUUUACAUGCCAUACAGUUUAGCAUUUACAUCCUACAGUGUAUGGGUGGCAUAAACUGAGCAACUGAAGUAGCCCCCAGGUGCGUUGUUAACAGCUUCAUCGUGCAUCAAAACUACCAGGCUCUCCCUUAACACUGCUUCCAUCUCUUACAGCAUCUGACUUCUUCCUAUAGAGAAGAAUGGUAUAUUUUAACCCAAAGAUGAGCUCCCCUGCUUGGCCAAAACAUCUUGUUUACAUAUAGAGAUGCACAUAGUUAUCUGUAAGGGGUGAAAAUGUGCCUGACGUUGUCUAUGCAUUGUCAUGUUUUUCAUUUGGGGGUUUUGUAAACACUCUUCUGAGUCUUUCAAAUACAUUUGAUAGCUGCAAUAAAAAUGAUUCAUUCAAACAAUGUAUUCUGAAACUGCAUCCACAAUAAAUGGAAUAUUUCCAUCAGCA